AUGGCGACGAAAUUGACCCCUACGUUAGAUGAUUUAAAGGAUAAGAAUCUACCAGAGAUUAUAAAAAUGGAGAAGAAAGAAGCGUACGACAAUUCAACAACGCUUGACGAAGCGAUGUUUGCUACAGGUUUCGGAAUCUACAACAUCUUACAUAUGCUGCUCAGCGGACUUAUCCUAAUGGGGGUGAUCAUGCAAAGCUUAGCUUUGGGCUACGUGUUACCAGCCGCCCAAUGCGACCUUGACCUGACGCUGCAGCAGCGCGGCUGGCUUGCUGCUAUACCUUUCUCUGCCAUAAUCCUAACUUCGUACUUCUGGGGUUGGCUGGCCGACACCCGCGGGCGCCGCUUUGUCAUGCUUUUCUCCAUGCUUAUCUCCACCGUGUUCGCGGUUCUCGCUAGCUUUUCACCAGAGAUCAUCUCCUUCGCCGUACUGUCCUUUACGUCAGCAGUCUUCAUGGCGGGUCCAUCUUCAGUGGUGUACACUUAUUUAGGAGAGUUUACAAACUUACGUCACAGAGAUAAAAUUGUCGCUUUUGGAUCAUCGUUUGUCGGAAUCGGCACAAUACUAUUACCAGCUGUCAGCUGGCUGAUUCUCCCUAUAGACAUCUCCCUACCUAUCAAUUUUCUAAAGAUUACCUACCGGUCGUGGCGUCUCUUGGUCAUCGCAGCCAACCUGCCCCUUGCUAUUGGUUUUGUUCUACUACUCUUUGCGCCAGAGAGUCCCAAGUUUUUAAACGCAUCUGGACAGCAAGAGGCUUGCUUGCGAGUUCUCAGACAGAUGUAUGCAGUCAAUAAACGUUUACCGGAAGAGAAUUAUCCGAUAAAAUCCCUUGUCGAAGAAUCACAUACAAUCAAAGCCCUCGAGAGUAGUGGACUUACAGCUGUGUUCAAAUCGAUGAAAGACCAGACUCUGCCUCUCUUCCAGGUUCCGUUGUUAAAGUGGACUUUACUUAUUUGCUUCAUUCAGUUCGGACUAUUUGGCACGACAAAUGGUUACUACGUUUGGUUCCCGACAAUUCUGAACUCAGUGGCCAACCACGACGGUGGGUCAGCUGGAAUAUGCGCAAUUCUAGAUGCUCACCAAAAAUCGCCUGGAAAUGGCACUGACGUGGUUUGUGACGACACUAUGAGCACGACAACCUUCGAGCUGUCCAUUUACAUUGGCCUGGUCUUCAGCUCAAUGUACAUCAUCGUUGGUUUCUUGGUAGACUUUAUGGGAAAGAAACUGAUACUUCUGCUAGUUCUCUCCAGCACUGGGCUCAGCGGGAUUGGCGCUCACCUCGCUCAAAACCAGAACAUAGCUGUGGUUCUUUUCGCGGUAUUCCAGAUGUGUGGAGCCUGUAUUGGUCUCACUAAUGCGGUUACUGUAGAACUCUUUCCGACUAAGUACAGGGCGAUGGCCAUCUGCUUAUCCAUGAUGAUGGGUCGUGUGGGUUCCAUGGCGGGCUCCAACCUGAUCGGCAUGUUCCUCUCCACCAACUGCGGACUCAGCUUUUACAUUUUCGGGGGACUUAUUUUAACGUGCGCUCUUCUUUGUUUCACACUACCCGGGAAAAGUGACAGUGCGCCGAAAAGUAUAAAAACGGAUCUCACACGGAAUCAACCCCACGGUUCUGCUUGA